AGAUCCGCUUGCGCUUAUCGGAUCGGAGCUCCACCCGACCUGUGCCUCUGGUGCUCCGCGGCACACGUCGGCCACGUCUUUCCACUCCAUUCCCACCCGCUCCCGCGCGCUUCUUCCCAUAGCCAAGCUUGCCUCACCGUGUUAUCCAUCCAUCCAUCCAUCCGCACUAUCCCAAUCUCCGUCUCCUACGCUCUGGUCGGCGUCGCGGCGGCGGCUCAGACUGCUGCGCAAAUGUUGUCGCGGCAGUGCUUUAAACACGUCUUCCCAGCCGAAGGCUCCUCCUCCAGCGUUCUCCACGGUCCCGGCUCUAGAGGUGCAGCCAGCAGGGGCCGCACCACCCUCAACUUCCACCGGUGUUGCGUCAGGGCUAGCUUAUGGAGGACCGAUCACCUGCACAUAAGCACCGCUCGAUCGUCCGAGGUUAAGGUACACACAUUACUGCAACUGCCAGAUGUUUUCAAUAGCAUCAAAAGCUGGAGCAAACUGCAACUGGUCACGGUGACAGGGCUGGCGGCAUGUGUGGUUCUGCUAGUCCCUUCUGCCGGUGCCACUGAUGCUCUCAAGACAUGCACUUGCCUGCUCAAGGAAUGCAGGAUCGAGCUGGCCAAAUGCAUAGCCAACCCAUCAUGUGCAGCAAAUGUGGCAUGCUUAAAUACAUGUAACAAUCGACCUGACGAGACUGAAUGCCAGAUCAAAUGUGGGGAUCUGUUCGAGAACAGCGUGGUCGAUGAAUUCAACGAGUGCGCCGUUUCACGCAAAAAAUGUGUCCCCAAAAAGUCUGAUGUUGGGGAGUUCCCCGUCCCCGAUCCAUCUGCCCUUGUCAAGAACUUCAACAUGGAAGAUUUUAGAGGCAAGUGGUACAUUUCAAGUGGCCUAAAUCCUACUUUUGACACGUUCGAUUGCCAGCUUCACGAGUUUCGUCUCGAGGGAGACAGGCUUGUUGCAAAUUUGGCAUGGAGAAUUCCCACCCCGGACACCGGCUUCUUCACCAGGGGGGCCGUGCAGCGGUUCGUACAGGAUCCCUCACAACCAGCAAUAUUGUAUAACCAUGACAACGAGUACCUGCACUAUCAGGAUGACUGGUACAUUCUCUCAUCGAAAAUAGAGAACAAGGACGAUGACUACAUAUUUGUAUACUACCGUGGAAGAAAUGAUGCAUGGGAUGGAUAUGGUGGCGCUGUUGUGUACACAAGAAGCAAGGAAUUACCUGAGACAAUAGUCCCCGAGCUAGAAAGGGCUGCGAAAAGCGUAGGGCGGGACUUCUCCACAUUUAUCAGGACAGACAACACCUGUGGUGCUGAGCCUCCUCUUGCCGAUAGAAUCGAGAGGACUGUUGAAAAAGGGGAGAAGCUCAUCGUUGAUGAGGUAAAGGAGAUCGAAGGGGAGAUCGAGGGAGAGGUCAAAGAGCUGGAGAGGGAGGAGGAGACACUGGUUAAGAGGUUGGCAGAUGGCAUCAUGGAGGUCAAACAGGAUGUGAUGAACUUCUUUCAGGGUUUGAGCAAAGAGGAGAUGGAAAUUUUGGAUCAGCUGAACUUGGAGGCGACCGAGGUCGAGGAGCUCUUCAGCCGCUCCCUGCCGAUAAGGAAGCUAAGAUAGCUACCCCCAGCAGCCACUCCUGCCUAUGCAAGGAGGAUUGCAGAACAGGGUGCCAUCCAGUGGUGAGCAAAGUAGCUUCUAAUUGUCGAGACAGUACCUACAGUAACAGAUUCUCCAACAGAAAUCAAAACUUUGAAUCUGAUAAUGUUUUACCCACUGGCGCAACAUGUUCCCAGAUUAGCUUUUGUGUAAAGCAUCAGUAAGUAUGUAAAUUUUUUGUCCAAAAGAGGUAUAUAAAUGUAUACAACUGUUCCUAUUAUACUCUGGGUUAAUUAUAUACCUGUUUCUGGGGAUAGUUCAAAUUCCA